AUGGGGGAUGGCCAGUGCAAAAUGAUGGGAGAGAGAGUGCCAUGUGCUUCUGUGAUCUCUCUUCCAGUCUCCAGCUGUGGUGUCCCCAGUUACCUGCCCAGUCUGGCCACCUGGGUUGUGGGAGGAGAGGAUGCCAGGCCCCACAGCUGGCCCUGGCAGAUCUCCCUCCAGUACCUUAAGGAUGACACCUAUAAACAUACCUGCGGAGCAACCCUGAUCUCCAGCCAGCAUGUCCUGACUGCUGCCCAUUGCAUCAGCAAAAGCAGAACCUACCGAGUGUUGCUGGGCAAGAAUAACCUGGUGGAGGAAGAGGCUGGCUCCGUGGCAGUGGCUGUGGAUACCAUUUUUGUCCAUGAGAAGUGGAAUAUCCUCCUGCUGCGCAAUGACAUCGCCCUCAUCAAGCUGGCUGAGCCUGUGGAGCUGAGUGACACCAUCCAGGUGGCCCGCCCCCACACAACUCUGCUGCCUCAGGACUAUCCUUGCUAUGUGACUGGCUGGGGCCUCCUCUGGACCAAUGGCCCCAAUGCUGAUGUUCUCCAGCAAGGCCUACUGCCCACAGUGGACCAUGAUACAUGCAGUCAGAGAGACUGGUGGGGCAGCAUGGUGACCCCAAACAUGGUGUGUGCUGGAGGAGAUGGCAUCAUCUCAGCAUGCAGUGAAGACUCAGGUGGACCCCUGAACUGUAAGGCUGCAGAUGGAGCCUGGGAAGUGAGAGGUAUUGUGAGUUUUGGUCCUGGCUUUGCCUGCAACACAGCCAAGAAGCCCACAGUCUUCACCCGGGUCUCUGCUUACAUUGACUGGAUUAAUGAGAGAAACAAAGAUGUCUACGUGUGUCAAUGCUCCCAGAGCCCAGAACUGGCCCCUGCGUCACCAAUGCCAAGGGCCUUGGCCAGUGGCACCAUGUUGACCCAAGGCCUCUCCCAGGAACGUUUAGCACAGAAUUGA